AAAAAAAAAAAAAUAAUAAAUGAAUAAAAAAAAGAAAAAAAAAAAGAGAGAUUCAAGAGUCCAAAAGUAAAAAAGAUCCAUAUGUGCUAAGACGUUCUUCCAUGUCUGCAACGUUGACUUCCCUUCUCCAUUUCCCUUCACUCUGCACGUACCGAUCUCCCUGUUCCCCAGUCGGUCUCUGUCAUACGAUGUACCUAUGCAUUUAGCAAGUUAGCAAGGAGGUUCACCAUCCAGCCUUUCUCUGCAUGCUUAUAUACUUGGCUUCAUCUCUUUCCUUCUCUGACUUUCUCUGCAGUGGAAGUCCUUAAAGAUUUAUAGAUCUGUCAUAUCUGCUAUAUUUUCAUCUAAAAGUUAUCUGAUGGCGGAGACUUUACUCACCCCCGUUAUCUCCAAGUUGUUUCAGCUACUAGCAGAAGAAGCAAAAUUGUUCAAGGGAGUUCGUCGAGAAGUUAGGAGUCUGACAGAUGAGCUUGAUCUUAUCAACUGUUUCCUCAAAGAUGCAGAGGCAAAAUCACAGAAAACAGACAUGAGUGAGAGCUUGAAAACAUGGUUGAAACAGAUAAGGGAGUUAGCGGAUCAAAUUGAAAAUGUCAUGGAUGAAUACGUUCUUAAUGUGUCCCAUCACCGGAAUAAUCAACGUGGAUUCACUGGUUUCCUCCAGAAAACUGCUCAUUUAAUUAAAGGUAUGAAACCGGGAAUUCGCAUAGCUCAUGAGAUCCAGAGUAUUAAGUCAUCCUUACUUGAAAUCAAGCUCAGAGGAGAAACUUACGGAUUAAGACCCUUGGAACCACGUUCAUUAAUGUCUACUACUAGCACAACCACAAACGUUGAAGUGCAUGACCUUCGAGUUGGAUCCCUAUUCCUGGAUGAUUCUGAACUUGUGGGUAUUGAUUCCACAAGAAAUGAACUCGUAAGAAGGUUGGUUGAGGGAGAAUCUACACGCAUGGUGUUUUCAAUUGUGGGUGAAGGUGGAAUUGGGAAGACAACUCUUGCUAAAAAAGUCUAUGAUAAUGAACAAGUGAAAGAACGUUUUGAUUGCCAUGUUUGGGUUACUGUAUCUCAGUCAUACAACAUGGUGAAGCUACUUACGAGGAUUGCAACACAGAUCCGCCAUACUGUCGGAGAAACACACAUGGUAUUGGAGGAGCUAAUUGACAUUGUGAGGCAAUAUUUACUAUCAAAGAGGUACGUCUUUGUUUUUGAUGAUGUCUGGGAUAUAGAUUUUUGGGCAGUUAUGAAGCAUGCUUUGCCUAGUAAUAACAAAGGCAGUAGGAUAAUUAUCACAACGAGAAAUGAUAUAAUCGCUGCUUCUUGUAAAGAAACCUCUUAUGAUCUUGUUCGAAAGCUAAAACCUUUCUCCCAAGAAAUGGCUUGGGAGUUGUUUACCAAAAUAGGAUUUCGAUCUGAGAUCGACCACCAUUGUCCACCAGAAUUACAGAAAUUGUCUCUUGAAAUUGUAAGGAAAUGUCAAGGUUUGCCACUUGUAAUUGCAACCGUUGCUGGUUUAUUGUCAACCAAAGAGAAAGUUGUGUUUGAAUGGCAGAAACUGCAUGACAGUCUUACUUCUGAGCUUGUAAAUAAUCCUCGCCUUUCGAGUGUUGCAAAAAUUCUGUCUCUGAGUUACAAUGACCUUCCUUACCAUCUUAAAUCUUGCUUCUUAUACUUUUGCAUCUUUCCUGAAGACUUUUGGAUAAACAAUAAGUUGUUACAUAGACUAUGGAUUGCAGAAGGUUUUAUCAAAGAAGAAAGACAUAAGAAAUUGGAACAAGUUGCAGAAGAGUACUUAAAUGAGUUCAUUUACAGAAAUUUAGUUCAGACUUGGACAAAGAACAAUGCCCCAAACUACAAAAUGUAUCGAGUUCAUGAUUUAAUGCGCGAGAUCAUCCUAUCAAGAGCUGAUGAAAUAAGUUUUUGUCGAGUUUGGGACGAAAGAAACUCAAAAUAUGGAGGAAAAUGUCGACGGCUAUCAAUCCAUAGUGGUACGCAAAAUGUUUUGAAAACUGUUGAAGAUUACAGGGUUCGUUCUAUUUUUCUUUUUGAUAUCGAUAAUUUGACUAGCAGUACUAUUCUGUUUAAGAAGUUUAAGCUUUUGAAGGUGUUGCAUAUUUCUAGUGUUCCUCUUGGUAAUCUUCCAAAAGGAGUGGGAAAUUUGGUCCACAUGAAAUACUUGAGUUUGAGGAAUACCAAUGUAAAAAAACUACCAAGAUCCAUUGGUAAGUUACACAAUUUACAGACAUUGGAUCUUAGAAACACCUAUAUACGUGAGAUACCGGUGGAGAUAAAUAAACUCCAAAAGCUACAGCACCUUUUUGCCAGUUUUUCUGGCAACAAAAUUAAAUAUGGUGCUGAUGCCGAUUCAAUCUGUGGAGUGAGGCUGCAUGGAAAAGUUGGAUGUUUAAAGCACUUGCGGACUCUGAGGAUUGUUGAAGCACAUGAUAGCUGGGUUGGUGACAUUAAAGAGCUAGAAGAGUUGAGACAUUUGAGGUCAUUGGGCAUUUCAAACUUAACUACACAAAUUGGAAGGGUUCUAUGUGCCUCUAUUGAGAAAAUGAACAACCUUGAACGUUUAAAUUUAUAUUCAAUCAGUGAAGAUGAAAUUCUAGAUCUGCAACACAUUUCAUCUCCUCCUCCAUUUCUAGGUCAACUCCUUUUGAUGGGUCAGUUGCAAAAGUUGCCACAUUGGAUUCUGAAGCUCCAAAAUCUAAGCAGAUUGACUUUAAACUUCUCAAAGUUUAUUGAUGAUCCAUUGAAACAUUUGAAGUGUCUGCCAAAUUUGGUGUCUCUAAAACUCUACCAAGCCUAUGAUGGAGAGCAACUACACUUUGAAGAAGGUAGUUUUCCAAAGCUUAAGAUGCUUGAUCUAGGGAAGUUGGAUGGAUUAAAGCUGGUGAGAAUAGAUGGAGGAGAAUUGCCACUUGUUGAAGAGCUAUUUAUUGGGCCUAGCCCUCUAUUAGAAGAAGUACCUUCUCACAUCCAGCUUCUCAGAAAUCUCAAACUUCUUAAAUUUUGUAACAUGCCAAGAGAAUUUGUACUUGCUAUGCAACCGGUGGAAGGUCGAGAUUAUUGGAAAAUUAAGCACGUACCAUCUGUUCAUUUCUGGUACAGAAUUGAAGGAGAGGGUUAUAAGAGCUAUAAGCUUGGUGAGUCGGACUUGUUGGAACUUCUGAAUCAGUGAUCCAUCAGGCCAUUGGAAUGAAAUGAAGAGAAAGUUAUGUCGUCAUAAUAAACCAACAGCAUGCCGUACCAACUGUCAUAGCUAUAGGUAAGUUUCACAAUUCCAGUCACAUUGAAGAUGUUGUAGAUGUAAAAAUAUGGGGAGCAGGAUUGCUCGAUUUCUUGGCUACAGUGAAAAAAAAAUACUCUGUUAUUUCCUUAAAUGUAAUUUUUUUUUCCCCCCUUCGAUUGUGCCACAAUUCCAAGGUUGUGAUUCACAUGCGCACUUCAAUAUUUCAUCGAGAUUUUGGGUGUAUGUAUCAAUUUAUUGUUUGAACGCAACAAUAUCAAUUGGCUAAAACAAUGUUA